GCCGCUGAAUGAAAACCGGAAGCGGAAGCGCCGCGCGCAAGUAAACCGCUUUUCCUUCAGUUAGGCGGAUUCCGCUGCGCUGCCGCGGCGCUGAGCCCUAACGGCCGUAACUGCCGCCGGCUUCUGCCCUGCCCUGCCCAGCCCGGCCCGGCCCGGCCCUGCCCAGCCACCGGAGCCAGCGGCCGCCGCACGGGGGAGGGGUUACUGCCCGCCGCCCUCGCGCUGCGGAGCUCUUCCUGGGCCGUCACCGUCUCUCUCGCCCGCCCGCGCCUCUGCCCGGAGGCCGCGAUGUCUGACAAGGAGUUCAUGUGGGCCCUCAAAAAUGGAGACUUGGACGAGGUGAAGGACUAUGUGGCCAAGGGUGAAGAUGUCAACCGGACACUUGAAGGUGGGAGGAAGCCUCUACACUAUGCAGCAGACUGUGGACAGCUUGAAAUUCUGGAAUUUCUGCUAUUAAAAGGAGCUGAUAUUAAUGCUCCAGACAAACAUAAUAUCACACCACUCCUAUCAGCAGUCUAUGAGGGCCAUGUUUCCUGUGUGAAAUUGCUUCUGUCAAAGGGUGCUGAUAAGACUGUGAAAGGCCCAGAUGGACUAACUGCCUUUGAAGCCACUGACAACCAGGCAAUCAAAACUCUUCUUCAGUGACGGAUGGACUGAUAUCUUAAAUGUCUCUCCUGUGGCCUCACACUGCUGCCUGUCUGUCACUCUUUGCAUCUUCCAGCUUCUUCAGCUAAUUACUUUGGGGGGAGGGAAAUUUUCUGUGAAUCAGACUAGUUAGGGGCUUGUGUCAAAGGUAAUCUGUUUGGAGAGGGUUGAAAACUGUUAUAAACAGUGUCCCUCUAGGACUUCUUUUCAGUGCACAAUCUCUUCUCAUUUCUAGUGAAAGUGGAGGGAGGAAGAGAGACCAUGAUCUUGAAUUUUUUGGCUGUAAACUUCCUAAGAUAGUAAUAAGGUUUUUGUUCAAAGAUCCAUUUAGAUGGAAGUACUAUGCUAUGUACCCAAGACUGCAAUUGUCAAGGAGACAACAGUCCUAUGGUAUUAGUGUCUGCCAUAAUCUGAACUGUAGUAAUGUAGGUGUCUGAGUUGCUUUUCUAUUCUCUCUCAAUGGGUAGCUUUAUCCUUCUGCCUAAAGCUUGUGUUGCAGUUUUGAGGACUUUUGGUAAUAGUUAAUGGAGCUGUUCUUCAUAUUGACUAAUUGGGUGUCAUACUAAUGUUUUUCUGACUCUUGAGCGAACCAGGAAAGAUCAGCUGAGGCAAGGCCUUGUUACACUCCAGAAUAUCUGCCAAGAUACUUUUGGAUGCUUGAACUUUGUUUUCUUUCCUAUUUAUGUUCUGAUCCAGAACAGAAGUUUUUAACCAGCUGUUUUUGAGAAAGUUAAUGUCACUAGAAUUAUUUCCAGAAGGAUUGUAAGAAAGAAUUUCUUUACUUACUAUGUCAUCAUAAAAUCAAUAGGCUGAAAUGCAUAGGCUGUGAAAGUUUCAGGCUGUUAGGUGUGCAGGGAUAAUCAAAAUGAAAUGUGCAAAACAAUUAUGUAUACAUUCAUAUCAAAGGUAAAUAUAGUUGCUAAACUUUUUGAUAAACUUUUAAACUACAUGUAAUACUUCCUAAGUUUAGUUGUUAGGAACAGGAAGACUUGCAAGUAGAAUUCUUAACUUGCUAUAACUACCACGGGUGGGAUGGGGGGGUGGAAUUAAUUGUGCGUAUCUGAUUUCAUGUCUUGUUGCUGGCUGAAUGAACCUCUUAAAAUUUAUUAUUAAGGUGUGGAGCUUGUUCUGAAAGUUCCCGUUACAGCCCUUCCUCAUUAACUGUAAACUUUUAGAUGAGAUUUACUGUUCCAAUAAAUAUGGCAGUACUAUGACAACUCAUGGGAAGAUAUUUAAAAUAGUGAUAAGGAUUGCUGUCACGUCCUACAGUUCUCAGGAAUGUCUGAGCUUCUGGCUUUCAUCCUGAAAAUUUUCUUCAGACUGCCAAUUCACUGAAGUGGAUAACAGAUUUUAUAACAAAAAAGCAUAUACCACAAAGUACUACAUCUUCCUUUUUUUAAAUACAGAUUUCAAACUUUCUGAUACCAUACAAAAAAAAAACAAUGUAUAUAAAAUUUUAUGCUGAAUUCUUAAAAGUAGCUGAUAUUAUUUUGAUAUCAUAGGUGAAAUCAGGAGAGUAUGUAGAAGUAGGCUGAUGACUACCAUUCAGAUUAUUUAAUGGAGAUUUAGUUUUACUUGAAUCAUGUUGCAUAUUAUUAUUGAGUGUCUCUGCUAUAAAACACAUUGUUUAAAUGGUAAAAUGAGAGCCAAAACUGAUUUACAUGUACACAUCCCAUUAGAAAAGCAAUAGGGGGAAAAAAAUCUGGCCAUAAACUACACAGUUCAGUUAAUCUUCGUUUCUUGGAAAUGUGUGAUAUGAAAGAGCAGAAAGAUUUGGAAAUGAACGCUAAGUCAGUUGGUGAGCUGUUGAUAAUGACAAGCAUGCUUGGUGAGCAGUACUUAUUAAAAAGUAUUUAAAGAUAACUCUUUAAUCUUAACUCUGAUCUAUACUGAGUUGUCAUGUCAUUGCAGUAGUGUGAACAUAAAAUAUAGGUUUAACUUUUUAUUCAACUAUGAAAGUAACCAUCCUUGGUAUAAAUUUGUCUCCAUGUUAUGCUAUUAAAUACUUAGCUAUUAAAAUGUUAGUCUAGAAAACUGCAAUCUGUUUUAUGUGGAAAACUUGAAUAAUCAAAUUUGUGUUGGUUAGUAUCAAGUUGUCUGGCCAUAGAUUUUGUUUUGUUUUCUUCCCUCUCCUAUACUCUUUCCUCUUCCCUGCCCCUGCCUUCAACUCUCAUUUAAGUGAGCAUUAUUGUAGUAAAGAAACGUAUUUGUACUAACUCUUCUGGUGAUUCACUGAGGCAAUUUUGCCUUUCUUUUUCUACAAUUGUGUGAACACCUUACUCUUUCUUACUUGAGGAAAAAAUGCAAACAAACUUCAAGACAAGUGUGAAUUUGGCUGUAGUGUACACCCAAGAUGCCUUUCCAGGUAGUUAAAAGAUGGUAUUUAGUGUUUUAAUCAUAAAAAAAAAAAAAAAAAAAACUUUUUUUGCUUUUUUGCACUACAUGAGAGGUGAUUGAUCAUUUUGCCCAGGACUUAAAAAUAAAUAAAUAAAUAAAAUAAUGGUGGUGAUGAGGAUGAAAGCUAAACUCUCAUAAUUUUCUAGAAACAGGGCUUAUUCAUUCAUUCAUUCCCUUCCUUUUAACUAUGUUGUGAAGAAAAAAUUGGGUGCCUACCUGUAUCUUUGAGUAGUUUAUAACUAGAUGAAAAUACCAUACUGUAAAUUAGUUUACAUUCUGUAAACAGUAGUUAAAUACUUUGUCAGACUGGAAGUGCAUACACUUGGAAAUCUACUUUCUUUUUGCACCUUUUCCUUUCAAGUUUUUGCUCAUAAGUUAUAACCUAAAUUGUGUUUUGGAUUUUAUACCUGCUGCUCCUUUUUCUUAAGGAGGAGUAAGUGGGAAAAGAAAUACAAUAAUUAAAUGGAACUUUUCUCCUUUUUCUUGAACAUAGUAUUGAAUAAUUUGUAGAAGAGGCUGGUAAGAGUGGAGUGUCCUAGGUCAAGCAAUUGCAGUGUUGCAUGCAAAAUUUCAAAAUGAACUGUCUUAAUUAUAUUUUGUAAAUGGAUAAACAAUCAUCUUUCUACGCAGUGAUGGAAGAAAAUUAGUGCUCUGUGCAUUUUGAUAUUUGACUUCUUUUCACCAUUGUAACUGUUUUGACACAGUUGGGUUCAUCAUUAUUAUGGUUCAUAAACAUCAGAAUGCUAAACAAUAGUGUAUUUUUAAGUUUGUGUUGCAAGAACGAAUGGAAUAAACUUGAAUUGUGUGAUAUGAGAA